CCCCCUCCGCCCAGCUCCCCCCGCGCCGCCUUCAACUUCAUCGCCGACGUGGUGGAGAAAACGGCGCCCGCGCUGGUCUACGUGGAGAUCGUGGGCAGACACCCCUUCCUGGGCCGGGAGGUGCCCAUCUCCAAUGGCUCAGGUUUCCUGGUGUCCCCGGACGGGCUGAUCGUCACCAACGCGCACGUGGUGGCGAACCGGCGGCGCGUGCGGGUGAAGCUGGCCAGCGGCGAGAUGUACGACGCCGUGGUGCAGGACGUGGACCAGGUGGCGGACAUCGCCACCAUCAAGAUCAAGCCCAAGCACCCGCUGCCCACGCUGCCGCUGGGCCGCUCGGCCGAGGUGAGGCAGGGCGAGUUCGUGGUGGCCAUGGGCAGCCCCUUUGCCCUGCAGAACACCAUCACCUCGGGCAUCGUCAGCUCGGCGCAGCGCGGCAGCCGCGAGCUGGGGCUGGCUGCCACCGACAUGGAGUACAUCCAGACCGACGCCGCCAUCGAUUUUGGGAACUCUGGGGGCCCCCUCGUCAACCUGGAUGGUGAGGUGAUUGGUGUGAACACCAUGAAGGUGACAUCGGGCAUCUCCUUUGCCAUCCCCUCCGACCGGCUGCGGAAGUUCCUGCAGAAGGAGGAGCAGCGCAAGAGCUCCUGGUUUGGCAAUGCAGAGACAAAGCGCCGGUACAUCGGGGUGAUGAUGCUGACCCUCACUCCCAGCAUCCUGGCAGAGCUGAAGCUGCGUGACCCCACCUUUCCCGACAUCUCCUACGGCGUGCUGAUCCACAAGGUGAUCAUCGGCUCCCCAGCACACCAGGCAGGGCUGAAGGCUGGGGACGUGGUGCUGGAGAUCAACGGGGCGGUGUCGCGGCGUGCCGAGGACGUGUACGAGGCGGUGCGGACGCAGCAGAGCCUGGCGCUGCUGGUGCGGCGUGGCUACGACACCCUGCUGGUCAGCGUCGUCCCCGAGGUCACCGAGUAGCAGAGACCUCCCCGCCCGGAGCCGAGGGCAGGACUGAGAUGUGUCCGUGCUGGCCAGGCAGAGACACAGAGCUCGUUCAGGGCUGGAAGGGGCCAGGAGAGGGGCCUGGGCGUGGGUGACUUGUGCUGCAGCCGUUCCCCUCUGUACUCCAAUAAAGCACUUUUCUAGCGGCCCCCGGGGCCGUGUCGCCUCCUUCCCGUGGCAGCAGCAGUUGCCUGGUGGAGGCUGGGC